GCAAGAUGGCGCUCGGGGAGCUGUGAGAAGAGAAAACAGGAUGGCUGUUUGAAGAGCGUCGCUCGAUUUAUUAAGGUUUGUAGGUGCAGAAACAGAAGUUGGAAAUGGAAUUGCCAAAUCAUGCCAAACAAUUGCUGCUGCAGCUGAACCAACAAAGAGCCAAAGGUUACCUGUGUGAUGUGAUUAUUGUGGUGGAAAAUGCCCUCUUCCGGGCGCACAAGAACAUCCUGGCUGCCAGCAGCAUUUACUUCAAGUCCCUCAUCCUUCAUGACAACUUGAUUAACCUCGACACAGAUAUGGUCAACCCGUCUGUUUUUCGUCAGGUGCUAGACUUUAUUUACACUGGCAAGCUUUUGUCCUCAGAUCAGGCCAGCGACCACAAUUUCAAUGCCCUCCUAACAGCAGCAAGCUACCUCCAACUUCACGACCUGGCUGCUCUCUGCAGGAAGAAACUGAAACGCAAUGGUAGAUCUCUCCACAACAAACCCACAACCCCUACCAAUGGAAGAGCAUCGCGGAACCAAAGGUUGUCCUCCACACCACUCCCCCCAAGCCAAAUUUCAGGGUUUAAAGAUGACGAAAAAACAAAGAGGCAUGAGGAGCUACUCAAAGAGGAGCUGUCGGAGGACGAGGCUUUUGUCAGGAAAGCCCACUGCAUGAGCUCAGCUAACUCCCUCAGUCCGUCGACCAGUAAGAAUGGGGGCGGUGGCGGUCUUCUGGAGCUAGGCCUGGAUCUGUCCAAGAAAAGCCCUUCAGGGAGUACAGCCACCGAGGAAGUCAGUCCCAGCAGCAUCCCGCAAGAAUCGCCUCAGUCUGCCUCAGAAUCCACUGCCAACAGUGCCUCCUUCGAUGAGAUAACCACCAACCCACAGAACCUUGCUGGUGGAGAGCCUAUGGAACUAGCUGAAAGUGGGGAAUGCGAGGAGAACCAGCGCCCUCCAGACUCCGAGCAACACAAAAGCUCCCGCCAGGGGACCCGGUCGAGGCGGCAGGCCAAGGGCGAGGGCCACAAAGGAGAAGAUGGGGCACGGGCUGCCUUGCCCAAUGGAGUCGCCAAGAGGCUGAAAGUGGCCGGAGGGGGCGCCACCUCGGAACAGACGUUCCAGUGUAAGGAAGAGGAGGAGGGCUUGGAGAAUGGGCAGGAGCAGAGCGAGGAGAGCGGUCAGAGCGAGACUGAAGGCGGGCGCGGCAGCGCCAACUACAUGUACCGGCAGGAGGGCUUUGAGCCUGCCCUCGGCGACAACCUCUACGUGUGCAUUCCGUGUGGCAAAGGUUUCCCCAGCUCCGAGGAGCUGAAUGCCCAUGUGGAGACCCACACGGAGGAGGAGCUGUACAUCAAAGAGGAGGAAGACGACACCUACCCCAAGGAGGACGAGGGCGAGGCCGAGGACCUGUCGUCGCAGGCGGCACAGGCGCACGGCGUCGAGUCGCGCCGCUUCUCCUGCACCGUGUGCAACAAGAGCUACAAGGACCCGGCCACGCUGAGGCAGCACGAGAAGACACACUGGCUCACGCGCCCCUUCCCCUGCAACAUCUGUGGCAAGAUGUUCACGCAGCGCGGCACCAUGACGCGCCACAUGCGUAGCCACCUGGGCCUGAAGCCCUUUGCGUGCGAGGAGUGCGGCAUGCGCUUCACACGCCAGUACCGCCUCACUGAGCACAUGCGCGUGCACUCGGGCGAGAAGCCCUACGAAUGUCAGCUCUGCGGGGGCAAGUUCACGCAGCAGCGCAACCUUAUCAGCCACCUGCGGAUGCACACGUCCCCAUCAUAAAGCCAAAGACACUCGGGACAAGACACCUGCAGCUAAAAGAUUUCAGUACAACGCACACCUCUUUUUCUGUGAAGAUGAUUGCUGGCUGAGUGACCCAAAGGAGGCCUAACUUCCAUCUUGAGAGACAGGAGUAGCAGUUUCAAACAAGUCCCAACAGUUGAAACAGUCAUUUUCUCAAAAAAUUGGUAUGUUUUGGUUUUUUUUUUGUUGUUUUUUUUUCGCUUUUUUUGUUUUGUUUUUUGCAUGUACGAUUAGGGUACUAAUGCUGUUUCUUGCUUGGGAUUGCCAGACCACUACAAACCAGUCUAUGCAUUGGUUUCAUUAUGUCUUGGUCCAUUUGGUCUGAAUAACUAUUUAUAUAUCCCAAAAAUACUUUCUUUUUGGUCCUUCAAACGAGGGUUCUGAAGAUGCAUCACAGAAUGUGUUCUACACGAUUAAGCCUCUAAUUGUCAUAUCCUGAAAUUGCAUUUUUAAAGAUGAUUUUAAAGGAUGAUUUAAAUUUACUGGUUAUGACAAAUUAGUGUUAAGUCUCAAGGAAAGUGUUGCAAGACAUGCCAAGUGGCUUGUUUGCUGUCUUUUAUAGUGGUAUUUCAGGAAAGCUUUGCGUAUACAACCAAACACAUUCAAGAUUUCUAGACUGUACCAUGUGCCCACUGGCUGUGUCUAGAUGUAGAUGGGGAACAGGGUCCAACCGAUCUUUCAUACUAUAGUGAACACAGUUCCUCAAUCUGAUACAGCUUUAGCUAUAAUUGCUGCAUUAAACGUACAGAUAUGUUGAAGCUUUUGUGGUGGCCCUCAUGGUACAUGGUGAACUUAUGAUGGACCAUUUGCUGGUUAUGCUUUUCAGCUGUGGCUGAAAAGUGGGCGGAGUCAAACAGACCCUGCCGCGUUCCUUCCGCACCCUUGGGCGUGGAUGUCCUUUUAAGCUGUGUUGUUUACUCAUAUAAUAUAUAGGGGUUUACUCUCAAAGAAAAGCCAAAAUGAAUGGUUCUUGUUUUUAGAUAACUUAUUGUUAUGUUUCUGUGAAUGUUAAAACUGGAAGUCCUUUAGGUGACUUUGGAAGGGGCAGGACAGUGAGGUGUCUUGGGUGAUGGGUUGGGGUAGGGUUGGUUUUAGUGAAUGUUGAACUUCUACAUUUUGUUGGUACUAUUUCAGUUUCGUCUGUAGGUUUUCCCUUCACUGAAUAGGCAAGUCUAUUUUUAUAGACUUGUCGCAUUGCUACCUCUUAAUUAUUAAGAACAAUACAUUCAUUGAUGGAAAUAAUGGGGUUUUUAAAUAUAGAUGUAUAAAGUUUGUUGAGGCUUUCAAAAUAGUUCUAACCUGCCCAUCUUUCAACAAAGGUUUAAAGUUUUACAAAGUUUUAAACAUAUUAAAGUAGGAGCUAGCUUGUUAAACGCAUGUAUUUAAGGUAUUAAAAGUUUUAUGUCAGUGAAAUCCAAAGAGAAAAUUAAUACUGAGGGGGAAUAAUGGCUUACCAACAAACUUUUCCUGUAGAAUAUCCCUACCAAAGUUUAGAUGAAUUAUGGACAAUAACAUUACAGGAGAAAGGGUUUUUUUGUUUUUUUUGUUUUUUUUACCCCCUCCCUUUUAAUUUUUCAAAAAGAGCAAUGUUGUGGAAUGUUGGUUCAUACUGGACACUGUACUUAAAAACCAGUGAACUUCUGUUGAUUGUUGGGCGGGUGUCUACAGUAGUGCAUUUGAAUUGCUUUGUCAUUACGUUUGACUUCAGAAGACGAAGGACUUCAGAAGGACUAAUUUAUUUUAGAUUAGACCAAAAGGAAAAAAGGAAAGCUGUAUGAAUGGGUAGAGAAUGUUGUAGACUGUCACAUGUCCACCGUACCUGGGAAGCUCUUUCAGUGAGGCGUGCUUCUUCCGUGUGUAUUCAAGCUUUCGGCCUGUAUCGAUGGCCAGCUGAGAAGCGCUUCACACAGUCACUGAUGCCGUUUGGUCAGCUGGUGAGGGGUCUUCAGCUUCCUUGCAUGGUUCAACAAAACGCAUGGAGGUUAUUCAUAAGUGCUGAUAUUAGUCUUAGCUUACUGAAGGGGGGCAGUGUUGUAUUGACAAAGCAGACACGGGUAAAGCUGUUUUCUCCACCGCUGACACUUUUGAUGCUGUGUUGCAUAAUUCAUUCCGGUUUAGUUGAUUCAAAGACAAUUUUGAUUUCAGUCACAUUCCAUAUGUGGUUCUUUGUCUCUUCAGUGCAAGUCUAAGUCAUUCCCUUCUGGUUUAGUCUGUUCUGGUUCUUUCUCCUGAGUCCGGUAUGAGUUACUGAUGACCACGGUGUGAAGCUGUAGGCAUUCUGUACUGCUCAGUGCUGUUUACUGAUCUUUUUCCUGGAAUUCUUUUGUCCGAGUCCAUCCCUCCAGGCACAUUAACUGACCUGAUCCAAGUACAUACACUGGAGACAAUUCUGGAUUUUUAUUGUUGGAGGAAAUUGAAGCUCAGUUAAUCACUGGCCAUUAUCAGAUAUCUCUAUAGACCUCUUUAUUUUCAGUGGGAUAGUUUAUAGGCCAUUUUGUCAAAGGUUUAGCUCAUGGGUUUGAACUGCUUUGCUCAUAUCAUAGACAGUACUAUCAUGGCUAAUAGUACUUUUUUCUUGGACGUGAAUUAAGGCCUAAAUUUCAGUGCCAAUGGUGAGUCACAAUUGGAAAUUCUUUUUAUCCUAGGGUUAGGCACAGUCUGGGGAAACUAGCCGUCAGAGUGGUUCACGUCUUCUUUUAAUAGUGAGAUCAAACUUGCGUCCAUGUGUAAAACAAAUUCAUUAAACAUCUCGUGAAGGUGAAACUGUCAAAAUAUCUGGAUUCGCUUCCAGGGUUGAUGUACUCAUAUCGACUCGAGGGGCUCUUGUUUUGGGCUCCUUGCCUUCUCUGUGGACUGCAUUGGAUUUCGGUGGGGGGGUCGCCAUUGAUCUUGUGUGUACAUAUCAGCACUUAAUCAAUGUCGUGUCAGUGUCAGAAGAGAGAUGUGUUGGUAAGGUGUUUUUGUCCGGAUCCAAGCAUUUGGGGCUAAAAAAAAAACAAAAAACGUAAAGAGCCGUAAAGGGAGGACAGAAGUUUCAAACUGUGACAAUAAUUCUUCAGACUUCAGGGACAGUUCUGCAUAUUUUGAAAUGUGGAACUUUCAACUACAUUUGUAAGACUGUGUCAAUACUGCGUCGAUUUCUGUAUUUUAAUGAUGAUAAAAAAGCAAAACCUUAGUUUCCUAAGAAAUAGAUUUUAAGAGAGAGUGUUCCCAUUUCAAAUAACGCCUUCAAAAAAGUGGGUAUGUGGAGGGAGGAAAAAAAACACAAAAAAAGAUGUACAUGAAAAUUUUACUUUUCAUUUCCAGAGUGUUUUAGAACAAAAAAAAAAACCCAGUUGUAAGCAUAAAGUGUAUAAACGUAAGAUAAAGCUCAUACCCAAAUCUUCAGACUAUUUUCUAAACCAAAGCACACUGAAUGAUUGACAGCUCGUCUGACCUAAAGAUACUUGUGUAUAAUAGCUCACUGUUUACAUGUACCCUUACAGUCUCUGACCUCAGGCGAGGAGAGGCCUGUUUCAGCAUGUUUCGUUUAGGUGUUUGUCUUAAAACUGAAAGCAAAACAGAAAAAAGCCGAACUCUGAUUUGCGUGUCUUACCUUAUGGAAGUAGGUGCAUGUUGUGAAAUGUCUUGGGAGACAUGGCCCUCAGUCAGCUGCUAGAUUUAUGAUCAUGUCCAACCACUCUUAGGUCGGCCUGCGUUAUACGCUGCGGGAGAAGGGGGGUGUUUGGUGUUAAUACAUUUGAAAGUCAUUUCUUUUAGUGUCGGGAUGUUUUUUGUUUUGUUUGUUUGUUUGUUUUUAGUCUGCUGCUUCAUUAUUUUAAAGGUGUAAAUAAGCAUAAAUACAACAUACACAGUUUACCUCAGACUAAGCCAUUUAGGGGUUUUACUCGUCAUGUUUUUUGUUUUGGGGGGGGUGGAGCUGUCUCACUUUCUCUCAUCUGCUGUUCGUUUUCUUGUGAUUGAUUGAUUGAUUGGUUUUUGAGCAGGCUCUUGUGGAUGAGAGAAGAAACUUCAGUAUGAUGAGCCUCUCCUCCAGCAACACUGGUGCAAACACUUGUUGACGGUGUUCACUUUUUCUUUUUAAAUCAAAUGUCUAUUAUCAGUGCUGAAUGUAUUUAUUUUUGACCCUGUUUCCACUUUUGUUAGGGUUAUCUUCGGGUGAGACAAGGUGUUUUCAGGGUCUUAAUUUUAUUGCUUUGAUUACACUGAGGAAAAAAGACACAAACCAAACUGUUCUCAGACCUGUGAGGAAUGUACCGGUCCCUUGAAGAGUUGGAGAGCGGGUUUGCUCUUGCUGAUCCUUCUCUCUCAAAGCAUCCCUGCUCCCCAGAUCUUGUGAUGUUUUCCUAUAUUGAAGGCAUUUUUUCUUUCUUCAUUUAUACGCCUAUCUGUGUGCUCCUGUUUGUCGAUACAGUGCAGGACCUUUUAGAAUUCUGUGAGAGGCACUCAAUGUUUGAUUUUUUUUUUUUACUGAAAGCAGAGGUGUUGUCAUGCUCUCAUAGUUCAAGGCUCCAAACGGAUCCCUUUUUUUCCCCCUACCUGGUGGGGGGGUGUGUCUAGCUGGGUCCAUACCUGGUGGGGGGCGGGGUGUCUAGGUGGGUCCUAUUUCCAAAUGACCAAUAAAGCCAAAGCUUUUGUAAGAAUGAACUCUUCUAUGCUUACCUCCUACACCUCCUCAGUCAGUCAAGGAUGGGGCAUGCCGACGCGUCGUGAUUCGAGUCGGAGUGUCUUCAAGCUUUAUAAAAUGCACUUUUCGGUGAGGCCCCUUCAGCAUUCCUUCUCGACCAGGAGAGCGAAUGUUUCCUUAUAAUUACCACUUGAUUAAACUAACAUUAGUUUCAAAGCUUUAAGUGAAUUCAAAGAUUAGGGACCAGAGAAGAAGAAUCUUCCAUGUGCUGCUAUAACGUAGUCCGUCACGACAGGGCUGCGCUUCCUGUGUAGUGUCACAAACAUACUUGCAUUGCUAAGUGUUAACCCACCGCUCAGACCUCACCUUACCAAACCAACCUAAACCAAAGGCGUGUUUGCAAGUGUGUGCAGAGCAGGUGGACUCUCUCUCUGCGGCCUGGCUGAAGGCUGCACUAGUUGUGUCUCUGUAUUUGUACUGCCUGCUGAGCUGCCAGUAUGUUGAUCACUAUUUAUUCACUUCCUCCCCACGGUCUUCAUAUGCCUGUCUGUCUCUCGUAUUUCUGCUGGUGAGUCUGCAGACCGGAAGGAACGUGUCCAUCCGGGUGGGGGAAUGUUUCACACAUGCAGUCAUACUUGCAUGCAAAAAUACUUGCAUGCAUGUGCACGUGUUCAUGCAGAACAUCAGUGUUGGCCGGCUGCAUUAAGCAGAUCAUGAUUGCGGCAUUACCCAAAGAACACUCUACAUUGUGUUAAUGAACCUGUCCCUCGUAAGUGUUUGUGUACCUCACAAGAGUGAACGCAAGUUACCUUGGCAAUUAUUAGUUCAUAUUACUGUGGGGGUUUUUGUGUGUGCGUGCGUGUGUGUGUGGUGGGGUGUGGGUUUUUUGUUUUUUUUUAAAGCCUUGAACAUGGCUUGCUGGCAACACCAUGGUUUCACGUUUCAGUUCCUCAGAGAGCUUGUAUUCAGGGCAGAGCUACACGAAGCUUGCAGCUCAAUUUCUGUCAUGUGAAUAGAAUACGAUGUACAGAGGUGAUCUCAUCUCAACUUUCACAGUCUUUACAGUCUUAAUGUACAGCUAUGAGAAGUCAUUUUAGAAUCUUUUCAUUAAACUCUUGAUCAAAAUUG